CAGCUAGGUAAGACUGCCUACCCAAACUUAAACAUGGACGACCAAACAAGUUCCAGCUCCCGAGACUCAUUUGAUCUCGAUACGGCGGCAAGGAGAUUCACACGCAGUGCUAGAUUCAAUCAAGAGGUUGUCGAAAAGCUUCAAACUGCCCUCAAACAUAAUCCCGAAGUGAACCUGCUUUCUGUUAUUCCAUCAGACUACAAAGACCAGCUCCAUGGUAUUUCAACAACCACAGCGCCGCGGAAGCACAAAUCAUGCGUUAGGCCCCCAGCACGACGAGCAGAUUUCUGUGUUAAUCUCGUUGAACGUGCUAGCACAGCAACAAUUGUGCACACUUUGUCCGAUACUACGAGUCUAUUUCUUGCCAAGUAUCUGGAACCUGAGGGGCCUUUCCAAGACCCUAAACAAUGUCUUGUGAUGGUUCUGAAGCGAAUGAUCUCGGACUCCGAGAAAUUGUGGGAGGGCCAAACAAGAGGUGUGGUACUCAAAUGUGGUAAUGAUCUGGUUGCCAAAAUCAUUCGUGGCAACAGCGACUACACUGAAUACACCUCGUUGCAGUAUCUCGCUGAGCACGCACCUGAUAUCCCAGCUCCGAAGCCCCAUGGUCUCAUCAUGUUCGGCAGCGUCCAGGUCAUGUUUAUGACUUACAUUCCGUCUAUAACGCUGGAGCAAGCUUGGUGUAGCCUCACUCAUGAUAAUAAAGUCUCGAUUCAACAGCAGUUGGAUGGGAUUAACUGCAAAUUGAGGCGGCUGAAAGGAGAUGGCCAACGCUUGGGUGGUGUCGGUGGCGAGGGGGUGAAGGAAGACCAUCGAUUUUCUCAUCAUAGCGCAGAAAUUAUCACUACGACAGCACAAUUUGAAGAAUUCCGAUUCUCAGUAUCCCACGGAGCGAGCACGCCGUGGAUCAAUUUCCUUCGAAGCUUUCUCCCUUGCCCAACCGAAGACUGUGUCUUUACCCAUGGCGACCUUCGGCCUGCAAAUAUCAUGGUCAAGACUGAUAGUGAAAAUAACUAUUUGGUCUCUGGUAUUAUCGACUGGGAAGAUAGCGGCUUCUACCCAGACUAUUUUGAGUCAACCAGGCUACUCUUCACGUUUCACAUGCACUCGAAAGAGGAUUGGUGUGCUUAUUUGCCAGCGUGCAUCUCUCCAGCAAGACAUCCUGUGCAAUGGCUUGUCAGUCGGCUUUGGGAAUACACAAUCAACAACUCGUGAUAGGUAGAGAAGGCAACAUCAGCAAAUAUAUGGUCUAGGCCAGGUUUUUCUCUUAAUUGAGUCGAAAUUCAAGAAACAAGAUCCAGAACAUCACACAGCGAAGAUUCAUAGUUCGACAUGAGAACCAAGUGAUGCAUAUUAAAGUUCCCCGAUCUAACCUGCUUCUCUCUGAUUCUGUCCGUCAACCUUGCUUAAACCAAGUCUGUCGUUCGACUGCCUGUACACAAUUUGUCCUCCAUCAUGUAAAAUGUCUCCAUCGCCUUUCUUAUGAAAUCUGUCGGCUUUUGCUCAAUCAAAGCCCUCAAACCAAGCCCUCCAUUCUACUCCACACGGUUUCUCUUCCGUCAAUGUAGAUGCUGUCUUCCACGUCUAUCAGUCCCUCCGAGGCAAUUGCUUCGAGCGCUUUCCAGACGAAAUCUUGGCAGUUCCAAGUCAUAUUAUAAUUCUUGAUCUCUAAUCG